ACUUGACAUACCAUUGCAGCUUUUGAUAGUAGCUGUAACACAGAGUACACAUCUAAAGACAUAAAAAAAUAACCAAAGAAACAUGACUUUCUACAAUCGUGUAUUUCCCUUCUACCCACAACCAAGAAAGGAGUGGGCCUUUAAUGUGAAUUGCAUUAUCGUUAUUAUCGUAUUCUUGGUGUUUGCCAGUGCCUUUAUUCUGAUAAUUCCUGGAAUUAGAGGAAGAGCCAGAAUAUCCUGGACCUUUAGAGUCUUAAUAAGCCUGUUUAUUGGAGCUGUAACUGUUGCUGUUAACUUUACAGCAGAUUGGGAAGUUGGAUCAAUCAAUGCUACAACUACAUAUAAGUCUUUCAGUAGUGCUGUGGUGAAUGCAAACAUUGGGAUAAAUGUUGGGCUCAGUGGUGUUAACAUCACUUUAAAAGGAAAUCCUGUUCAUCAGAUAAAUGAGACCAUUGAUUAUAAUGAGCAGUUUCUCUGGAUGUUUGGAUCAGACUACGAUAAAUUUUACCAUGACGGUCUAGAGAGAGGACUCCCCAACCCCAUCCUCUAUGUAGCAGAGAAAUUUAGAAACUAUGACUCCUGUGGCUUGCAUAACCAGUACAGAGUAUCAGGGCACUAUGCAUCAGCCUGUAUGUGGGUGGCAUUUUGUUCUUGGAUUAUAUGCAACAUUCUUUUCUCCAUGCCGGUUUUUAUAUAUGGAGCCUAUAUGAUACUAGUGACUGCUGCUUUCAUGCUCUUCUCCCUGAUUUCUUUUUCUACUGUGAAAAAUGUUGCCUUUUGUAAUAUACAGUUUGGCUCUGAGUCUCUGAAAACAUACUAUGGAGGAUCUUUUUGGCUAACUUUAGCAACAGGUCUUCUUUGCUUUCUAAUAGGAAUAACAGUCAUUAUAUUGAACUGGUGUGUUCCAGAAAAACUGAAGUCAUUUUUCAACACUAUUGAAGAAGAUGAAGAUGAACCAGGACAACUUUAUUACACUAAUAUAGGAUUUGAUAAUGUAUAAUGACAUUUGUACAUGGACAUUUUGGAUUUGCUUUAACAUCAAAUUAAGCAACAUUUGAUAAGAAGCGCCAUUUGGAUUUUGAACUGAAGCGUAGGGAGCAGUUACAUUUGAAAUUAUGGUUUUAUUCAGCAUGCAUCAUGCAUAUGUUUUUUGUAAAACGCAGCAUAUCCUAUUCUCCUACAUUUCAAUAUUUUUUUUUUCUUAUAUAGAAAUAAAUAGGAAUGCAUCCAAAAUGCAUCACAGGGACAUGACAAACACAUUGUAAAUGCAGCACAUACCUUGUAAUUUUAUGCAAACCUAUAUAAUUCAAUUUUUUCCUGAAACUGCUUUAAAAUAAGUUGUCUCAUAUGGGUAUUUUACAUGCUUGUCAGGUGACCAUGUACAUUACACAAAUAACAAGAGACAUUUCAAUAUUAGAGCUAAACCUUUAAGAAGGAUGUGCAAUACAGACUAUCGGUUAUGAACUUCUACAAGGCUUAGGAUUUUGGGCCAAGGAGAAAAUGUUUCAUUUUUGAACUUGUGUUUUCUGCCAAAUAGUCUUUCCCUGUAUUGUGGUAAUACAAUAUGGCCUGCUAUGGCCAGACUAGGAAGUAGAAUAGACAUAUUUAGGUGGUAUAGCACAACAUCACAGUUUAUUAGUUAUAUUAACUGAUUUAUUUAUAUUGCUGUAUUUGAUUUGUAUUUUGGUCGAAUUUUUUUGUAAAACUGGUACACAGUGUGUGGACGUAUUCCACAGAUGUGUAAAUGGCUAGUGGGUGAACUCAUCUACUCUAUGAAUUGCUAAAGGGAUCCAAUUGAAAUAUGGAUGCCUGUGCCACAUUCUUAGAAAUAAUCUAAUAAGGAGGUAAAGCAGCACCUGAAUAGGUUUUUUAUGUUGAUAACUACUUCUUAGAAACCGUUUUUUUUAAUGGUCUCAAGGAUACAGUUACAGUUAAAGUGAGUUAAGAUCUACUGUAUGUUCCUAAUUAUGUGUCCUUUUUAUUGUCUCGCUGACUAAUUUUAUUUAGAUAUCUCAUAUUUUAGAAUAGGAAAGUAAGUGAAAAGGAUCUGAGGGAGUCAGAAGAUGAGCAGUAUGCAAUGUCCUUCUUAUCCUGUUAAGAUAUACAGUUUACAUCCCUUUUACUUGAAAAAAUUGCAUCACAAAUAGGGACAUGGCCAGGCUGGAAUUGAAUGGCAGCUCUCACUCCCCACUGCCCCGUCCUUCCAAAGUUCCCUUUUCUUUCUUUCUUAUAUGUUCUCUACUACUGUGCUUAUUUUAUGUUGACGCUACAUUUUUAGGAGCCUAUUUUACCUCCUGUUUGCCAAAGCUGGUAAACAUAUAUGCUGUCAAAUAAAUAAAUAUGCAAGAAAAUAUUAAA